AUGGCCCUGUGGGAAAAAUCACAAGAACGAGGGAGGAGACCAAAUAGAGUCCCUGGAGCCUUCCACUACAUCCCAGUGCCUUCAGCAGGGGCAGAUCCAUGUAGCGAUGACAGCACUAUUGAUUUUUGUGACAAUGUUCCCACAGAACAGAACAUCAAGGCAGAGCCAGGAUGUGAUGAUGAUGUGACAUGGACCAAAAUGAUAAUAUCACUUCCUGGUCCUAUAUUACCAGGAAACAGAGUCCCUUUAGGUUCCAGGCCAGCUGUGGUGAGGGCAAGGAAGAGAGCUUGUUUGGAGCCCUGGGUUAUUGGCCUCAUCACCUUUAUAUCUCUGAUUGUGCUGGCAGUGUGCAUUGGACUCAUUGUUCAUUAUGUGAGAUACAAUCACAGGAAGACCUACAAUUACUAUAGCACAUUGCCAUUUACAAGUAACAAACUAUAUGAUAACUUUGGAAAAGAGGCUUCUAAAAAUUUCACAGAAAUGAGCCAGAAAAUUGAAUUAAUGGUGAAAAAUGUCUUUCAUAAAUCUUCAUUGAGGGGAGAUUUUGUCAAGUGUCAGAUUAUCAAGUUCAGUCAAGAGGAACAUGGAGUGUUGGCUCAUAUGCUGCUGAUUUUUAGAUUUCGCUCUACUGAGGAUCCUGAAACCAUAAAUAAAAAUAUUCAACGUGUUCUACACAAAAAGCUGCGAGAUGCUGUAGGACCCCCUAAAUUACACCCUGAAUCAGUCCAAAUAAAAAAAAUCAACAAGACAGAAACAGACAACUUUCUGAACAAUUGCUGUGGGACACGAAGGAGUAAAACUACAAGACAGGGUCUCAGGAUCGUUGGUGGGACAGAGGUUGAAGAGGGUGAAUGGCCGUGGCAAGCUAGCCUGCAAUGGGAUGGGAUCCAUCGCUGUGGAGCAACUUUAAUUAAUGACACAUGGCUUACGGGUGCUGCUCACUGCUUUAGAACCUAUAAGGACCCAGCCAGAUGGACUGCUUCCUUUGGAGUAACAAUAAAGCCUCCAAAAAUGCAACGAGGCCUCCGGAGGAUAAUUGUCCAUGAAAAAUACAAAUAUCCAUCACAUGACUAUGACAUUGCAGUUGCAGAGCUUUCUAGCCCUGUUCCCUACACAAAUGCUGUACACAGAAUUUGUCUCCCUGAUGCGUCCCAUGAGUUCAAACCAGGUGAUGAGAUGUUUGUGACAGGAUUUGGAGCACUGCAAAGUGAUGGUAACACUCAAAAUCAUCUUCAGCAAGUACAGGUGGAUCUUAUAGACACUAAAACCUGUAACAAACCUCGAGCUUACAAUAAUGCCAUAACUCCUAGAAUGCUAUGUGCUGGCUCCUUGCAAGGAAAAAGAGAUGCAUGCCAGGGUGACUCUGGAGGACCACUGGUUAGUCCAGAUGCUAGAGAUAUCUGGUACCUUGCUGGAAUAGUGAGCUGGGGAGAUGAAUGCGGGCAACCCAAUAAGCCCGGUGUUUAUACCAGAGUGACUGCUUUCCGGAACUGGAUCGCUUCCAAAACUGGUGUCUAAGAGAGAAAAAUCCAGUAGAAUGGAAUGCAUUUUUGUGCAUAGGCCAUUCUUAGAAUUACAGCAGAAGCCUUGCAGGUCACCUGGAUCUGACCGAUCUAACUAAACUGUCUACUUGAUGCAUAUACUUCCUUUCUAGCUCUGCUUCACGCUGAGUAUCCUGCUGCUGCCAGAUGGAUUCUGUCCCAAUUUGCAUUUCUUUGUUUUAUAGAAGUUUUCUGUCAUCAAAAUUUUGGCUUGUUGACGUAAAUUUCUCAUGCAUAAAUACAAUUUGAAGUGACCUCUUCUUCGUUUCCCCAGCUUCUCUCAUCUCAGUAGAUUUCUAUUUUCAAGGUACAGGACAAAGAGUGAAAGGAAAUCUAAAAAUGAAAGAACUACAUUUUGAUGUACAGGAAAGGUGUUUUUUUUGUUUUAAUGGAAUGAGGAAAAUGAUCGUAUUUAUUAUGAAAGGCCAAGUAAACAGACAGUAAAAUACCAAAUACUUCAUGAUGGAGAAAGAAUGGGAAAUAAGUUAAGGAAAUACAGAGAAACCAAGAAAUAGCUUUAUUUUCACUUUCAGCAAACAACUAGAGAGAUAAAUGUGGGGAAGAUUCUGUUUUCUUGUGGCCUACAAUAGCUAUACAAACUUUAUAUAAUGUACUUGUUCUAAAUUAAGGCAAAUAAUAUUUAUUUAGCAUUGCACUGCUGAAGAUAUCAACAUAUAAUAAUAAAAAAUGACUAAAUCACCUAUUUGCUUGACAUUAUAAUAUGACAAUCCAUGAAGAAGGGGAAGAUGGGGAAAAUGUCACUAAUUAAUUUAUUGCAAAUUCUUUUAAAAUCUGAGGCUAGAAUGACAAUUCAUUUAAGAACAACCAGCAUACCUUACGUGGUAGGAUUUUUGUGUGGUUGAAUGAGAGGGAAUGAAGAGAGAAUCAGUCCAAACUAGGAAUGAAAUGGGAUUAUCACUAAGUGCUUGCAUGUUUGUAUUUUAAGCUUUCCCAAACUGCAAAGCCUUGGUGGAAGAAGGUCCAGGUGUUAGUGUGUAGCUGUAGUCACGCAAAUGAACCUAGACCUCAGACCUCCAUUUUGAGAUGAUUGCAGAUC